CUGGCGGAGCUGAGGGCAGCGGAGGGCCUGCGGCGCCCUGAGGCAGACGGGCUCGGCCGGCGGGGAGGCGUCGAGGCGGAGGGGCUUCCUCCCUCCGCCGCCAGCCUGCCAGGGACCCACCGAAGCUGUCAGAAUGCCACUGUGCCACUGUGCAGUGAAGCACAGUGAGUCAGACAUGGAAGGGUGCCAUUUUUCACCAGCUGGAGGACUGCGGGUGUAUCUCCAUUGGAAGGGUGCGGAAGAAGAGGAACAGUAUCAGAUUUACACUCAGGGGACUCCGUGUGCAGAAGAGAUCUGCAUUGAUAUUGCACAGAAAAUUGGGAUCACCCCUAUCUGCUACAGUCUGUUUGCUCUCUAUGAUCCACAAGCCAAACUGUGGUUUCCUCCCAACCAUGUUUUUAAAAUCAGCAGUGGAAUCAAGUUGACCUUGCAUUUUCGCAUGAGAUACUAUUUCCGAAACUGGCAUGGGAUGAAUGAUAAGGAGCCAGCUGUCUGUCGCAGCAUUCCUCGCCCAAAUGACUUGGAAGACAGGUCACAGAGGGGAGAACAAGGCAGUGCCCUGCUAGAUAAAUCGUCCUUUGAGUAUCUCUUUGAGCAAGGAAAGUAUGACUUCAUUAACGAUGUUGCCUCCCUAAAAGACCUUCACACCGAGCAGGAAAUCCACCAGUUUAAAAACGAGAGCCUGGGGAUGGCUGUCCUCCAUCUCUGUCACAUUGCUCUCAGGAAAGGCAUCUCCCUCGAAGAAGUGGCAGAGAGAACCAGCUUCAAAGAGUGCAUCCCACGCUCCUUCUGCCGGCAGAUUCAGCAGAACAACUACCUGACCAAGUUCCGCCUGAGGAAUAUCUUCAAAAAGUUCCUGCAGCGCUUCCAGCGCCACACGAUGAGCACCGGCAAGCUGACUGAGCAGGACAUCAUGUACAAGUAUCUGGUGACCUUGGAGAACCUGGCCCCUCGGUUUGGGAGCGAGCUGUUCCCAGUCCUCUCGCUAGAAACCAUUUCAGAAGGUGAGAAGGUGCCACUCUACAUCAAUGGUGGGCACACGCCUCUGGAGAACUCUCCCGAUUCUCCUGGCAGCAACAGGCCUGCCACCCAUGAGGUCACAAUCACGGGCACCGAAGGCAUUCAGUGGCGGCUGAUCUCUGCGGAGAGAGUAGAAAGCCAUCCACACAAGGGUUAUUUGGGGAGGAAAGCCAAGACUAAGGACCACAAACCCAACUGGUCCUACCAGCCGGUGGAAAAAUCUGAACCCAAGUGGGUACGCUUCUGUGACUUCCAGGAGAUUACACACAUUGUUGUCAAGGACUGCAAAGUUAGCAUCCACCGUCAAGACAAUAAGUGUCUGGAUCUGACUCUUCAGUCCCAUGAGGCUGCUCUCUCCUUGGUUUCCCUGGUAGAUGGUUACUUCAGACUAACGGCAGAUUCUAGUCACUAUUUGUGCCACGAAGUAGCUCCGCCACGGCUGGUGAUGAGCAUCCUGAAUGGUAUCCAUGGACCCUUGCAGGAAGACUUUAUCCUGACUAAACUGAAGCGGGAGGAGCAGGAGGACGGUCUGUAUGCCCUUCGCUGGAGCGUCCUUGACUUCAAUAGAAUGAUCUUGUCUGUUGUGAGGAGAGGCCAGAGCUUCCGGAUACAAGAUGCCACAAACUACAGACAGUUCCGGAUCCAGAAGAAAGGAAUUUCGUUUGUGCUGGAAGGCUGGGAGCAGACGUUUUCUAGUGUUCAGGAACUGAUGAAUGCUCUCAAAGGCUGCACUUUAAGAUCUGGAAAUGAGACCUUUGUUUUGAAGAGGUGUUGUCUCCCAAAGCCAGGAGAAAUCUCGGACUUGCUGAUCACGCGGAAAGUGAAAGAUAGCACCCGUCAGAUUCUGAACUUGACCCAGCUAAGCUUCCACCAAAUUAGAAAGGAUGAGAUCACCCAGAGAGCCCACUUGGGACAAGGGACACGCACCAACAUCUACGAUGGUGUUCUGCGCGUGUGUGGUGGCACCAGCGGUGACGAUGAGACAGAGUACUUCUCCACUGAGCAGAACAACAACAGCCGGGAGAUGCGCGUGGUACUCAAAAUGCUGGAUCCCAGCCACAGGGACAUCGCCCUGGCAUUCUUUGAGACUGCUAGCCUGAUGAGCCAGGUUUCUCACAUCCACUUGGCCUUUGUGCAUGGAGUUUGUGUACGGGGCUCAGAGAAUAUAAUGGUGGAAGAGUACAUUGAACAUGGCCCCCUGGAUGUCUUCUUGCGGAACAACAAAGGGCGAAUAACAGUGGGCUGGAAGUUCACUGUUGCUGCACAGUUAGCAAGUGCCCUGAGUUACUUGGAAGACAAAAAUCUGGUGCAUGGUAACGUCUGUGCCAAAAACAUCCUUUUGGCCAGAAAAGGUUUGGAAGAUGGCUUGAUGCCCUUUAUUAAGCUCAGCGACCCUGGAGUCAGUUUCACUGUUCUCUCCCGAGAAGAGCGAGUUGACAGGAUUCCAUGGAUUGCUCCUGAGUGCGUCAAAGAUGUAAGCAGCCUCAGCACUGCAGCUGACAAGUGGAGCUUCGGUACCACGCUGCUGGAGAUAUGUUUUGAUGCGGAUGUGCCUCUGAAAGAACGCACUCCUUCCGAGAAAGAGCGUUUCUAUGAGAAGAAACACCGCCUCCCAGAGCCCUCUUUCAAAGAGCUAGCUACGUUGAUCAGCCAGUGCCUCAACUAUGCCCCUGGGGAGCGGCCUUCCUUCCGAACCAUCCUGCGAGACCUUACCCAGUUGCAGCCAAACAACCUCCUUGACAUCUCUUCUGUCAACCCUGAAUCUCCCGUCUCUGAUCCUACUGUCUUUCAGAAGCGAUAUUUGAAGAAAAUCCGAGAUCUGGGUGAGGGACACUUUGGCAAAGUGAGCCUGUAUUGCUACGAUCCUACCAAUGACGGCACAGGCGAGAUGGUGGCUGUGAAGUCCUUGAAAUCGGGCUGUAGCCAGCAGCUCUUGACCAGCUGGAAAAAAGAAAUUGAGAUCCUGAAGACGCUCUACCAUGAAAAUAUUGUCAAAUACAAGGGUUGCUGCAGCGAGCAAGGGGAAAAGAUUGUACAGCUCAUCAUGGAGUAUGUACCUUUGGGAAGCCUGAGAGAUUACCUUCCGAAGCACCACGUCAGCCUGGCUCACAUUCUCCUCUUUGCCCAGCAGAUCUGUGAGGGAAUGGCUUACCUGCACUCCCUGCGCUACAUCCACAGGGAUCUGGCAGCCAGGAAUGUGCUCCUGGAGAAUGAGAACGUGGUGAAGAUUGGGGACUUUGGCCUUGCCAAAGCCAUCCCAGAAGGGCAUGAAUACUACCGUGUUUGUGAAGAUGGAGACAGCCCUGUCUUUUGGUAUGCUGUGGAGUGCCUGAAGGAGUGUAAAUUUUACUACGCCUCUGAUGUCUGGUCCUUUGGGGUUACCCUGUAUGAACUCUUGACACACUGUGAUUCUAGUCAGAGCCCCCCAGCGAAAUUCAUUGAGAUGAUUGGAGUAACUCAGGGCCAAAUGACUGUACUGAGACUUAUAGAACUGCUGGACAGAGGGAGGAGGCUCCCCAGCCCCAAGGACUGUCCUUGUGAGAUUUACCGCCUGAUGAAAAAUUGUUGGGAAACGGAAGCUUCCUUCCGCCCAGCCUUCACCAACCUCGUGCCCAUCCUCAAAGCCUUCCAUGAGAAGUACAGGGCCCAGGCCCCCUCGGUCUUCAGUGUCUGUUGAGUGAGAUGGAGAGAUCCUCACCUGGAGCCGACGCUCACGUUUGCACUCCGUGUCUUGAUGCUGUCUCACAGUGCCACGGAAGCGGCUUCAGCAUAUCAGCCUGCCUUGAGACACUGUGUUUUGCCGCUUGACCUCCAGAACGACCAAUGCUUGACCAAUGCAGAAUGCUCUUGCCUUGAGGAAGGAGGGGCAAUCCCCUUCCCACCAAAUGUGACAGAGUUUGAGCCCGCACAGUUCGUCCUCUGCUCUGAACAAAGGCAGAGGCAGUUUGUAAAACAGGAUCUACUGUGGUACACAACUCCUGCCUAAGUGGCGUGAAAAGCCAAGAGAUUUGUUGUGGGAAGGCACAUCACAAGUGCGUGAAAGUCAAUGGAUGUGUUGACUACACUAUACUUUCAUGCACCGCGGGGCCUAGAUGUCAGUCUGGUGUGGACUAAAUCAGUGGCUUGGGUCAAAAGGAGACUGGGUCCUGCUGCAUUAGGAAGGAAGUCAAGAUGUUCAAGGACCUAGCCCAGUGCUGUGGGAAAUAGUUGUGUUGGACAGCGCAUGGAAUGUUUAGGGCUGCAUCUACUUACUAUACAGAGGGAAAGCCCUCUGGCCCUUUACUGUUCCCUUACGACACUUUCCCAAGGAAAUGUUUCUUUUCCUGACACCUGCCUUUAAUCUAUAUUCAGAGCAAAUGCUUUGGAUGCCCAAAGAUAUGUGAACUAAUCUUUCUUUCCCAUUUCCCUGGCUUCCGGGUAUUUAAAAAUUGCUGGACCGUCUACAUUUCUUAGAUGCUAGCAUCCUGCACUUGUAGCAAGCCAUUUUGCCUCCCCUCACUGAGAGGAGUCCUUGUCUACCCACAAGAGGUCAAGUGGACUGGGUUUCAGAGGAACGGCUGUGCAGAUUAUCUGAUUAGGUCAUUGCAUCUCCACAGAGAGGCCUUGAGUUUGUUCCCCAAGAACAAAUCUUGCCUGCCUCCCCAAUGGCUGAAGAAACACGGCCCCCCUUUGGGGUCUGGAAAUACACCAAACUCAUGAUUGCAGCAGUUCAUUGUCGCUCAUUGUCUGUGAAUGUUUUUUGGAGUCCAUCGUGCUUUCUAGAGAAUAAUAAUGGACUCACCUUUUCUAUUACACCAAGUUCAUUUGGAACCAUUAAUCAAACGUCUCUCUUCCAUUCCAUCCUUUGCUGUUGCCAACCAGAAAAUGUGAAUUUGAAGGAAGAAGUGGGAGCGGAGUAGAGGUCGAAAGGAAGCGAUCGGCUGUGUGAAUCAGAGUGGAACUGCAAUAUUAGCAAAACCUUUUAGCUACCGACUUGGUUGCCGCCACCAGGUAACCAAGCCUUUGAUUAAGUAGCAGAGGAGCCCUGGUCCCUGCUGGCCAGCCAACAUCCUGGGGAAACCAGCCACUGUAUACCUCUGAAGAACUAAUGUCUUACUUGUUUGGGUUUUUGAAAACAAAGACAAGCCUCUCAGCUUUCUAAAACCUGGGAACUUUUAUUUUUGUUACCAACCUCCUGGUCCAAUCUCCAUCCUCACCUAACUCUUGUCUGACAAUUGGUUCUAUUUUCAUGAAUGUGUUUCAGAUCCUGUUGGAGAUUGCAAGGCUGUAAGAUGGCCCAGGUUCAACGGAGUGCUGCAAAGCCAGUACAUUAGUUGCCUUCAGUGCUAAUUGUCCCCUUGUUGCCCUGCAUUCUUCAGGGCGUGUGUUUCUCUUUCUAGUAGCAGGAUUCAUCCUGUGUGUAUUAGUCCCACCUGGCCCUUCAGGACACCGAGCCUUGUUCCAGGCUGCUGCUCCUCUCGAGAGGGUGGCAGCCGUUAUCUCUUGUGUGGCUCGUUCCAUCAAGGGAUACUUUGAGACAUUCAGAUUGCACUUGAUUCCUAUCUCAGUGGCUUGCAACCAUUGUUUUCUGAGAGGGUAGACAAGGAUGGGGAGUAUGGAUUGCUUAACACCCCCCCCUCCCCAUGUAUUGCCACGUAUUGUUAGCUGUGCCUGGAGUGAUGAACUUAAUGCAGUCAUUUAUCCCUGGCCCUUUUCCCAUCGUCCCAGAGCUCCGCAGGCUAGAAGCACCCACCUUUCUACUCCUAAGAAGCCACUCAGCAGAAUGGAGCAGAAGGGGAGGGGGGUGUAUACAUGUGGGACAUCCUGCAAUUACCGCUCUUCAAGUAUUUCAGAACUUUGAGCUCUGGGCUGAUGCUCCCCGUCUCGACAUGCUGCUCUGAGUAUCAACAUCCAGAAAUUUUUAUGGGGUGUAUGUGGCUUACAAUACUUAGCACUGGACAUUAAAUUUCUUAUUCUUUGACCAGCAGGAAAUAAGGUGAGGACAAAUCCUUUCACACUGUCUGUAUUUGGCGUGGCAGGGGCAGCUUGCAGCCACAAGUAUAUCCCAAAUGUGGGCUGACAAGUUUGGUUAUCAACUCUCUUUGGAGUGUGGGCCAAGUACAUGUCAAACUAGUCCGAGGCUUCAACUAGGGCACUGAUGGGGUUUUUGGUUAAUUUGUGGAGGCUCUGCGAAAACCAUUCAAACGCGUCAUGAUCUCCUAGGAGCUCUCACAAGGGAAAUUGGGGUCUUUUCAUCCCUGCCACUUCUAACACAAUAUUAAAAAAUGGCUUGUAUCCUGCUGCUGUACUCAGCCAAAAUUGAAGCGUUCCUUCACCUUGCGCCUCUUUUGGGGCAGGAAGGGUAGCUAGUUCUGAGGGUUCAGCCCUCAUGCUUACUUAUUCAGAAGUUAAGUUCCACUGAACUCAGUGGGGCUUACUCCCAAGUAUAAGUGCAUCAAAGUACGAACUUAGAAUUUUUUUUUUCAGAAUUUUUUCCCUGAAAUUGUAGCCACCCCCACAGAGCAUUUGAAAUAAGAGUGGAGGUUCUAAAACAGCUUAGCUGAUAGGUGCCCCAUGCUGCAGUCAGAAAGAUCUCAGUACAAUCCACUUGAAUGAACUUGAUUGGCUCAACAGAUCCUGCCCUGAUCUUUUUGUAGUGAGAAAAGGGGAGGGGCGCUCUAGUCAGUGCGACCCCUUUGCAUAAGAGAGGUGUUUUUCAAAAUUCUUAAGUUUAUGGUUUGGGAGGCUGCAUACAUGAUGGUUAUUAGUAAGCUUAUUGGCCUUAAAAUGUCUCCCCCCACCCCCACCCCAUGUCCCAAAAAAGAUCGGACACUUCAGUACAUUUAUUUUCUGGUACGUAAUUGUGUUGUAAGAGCCUGCUACCAGCCCUGUCUCUCUGGAAUAUGGAAGAAUGCCACCAGCUUAGCCUGCACGUUGCCUUUUGGCCUUCAAAGCUGAACUGGAGCACUUGACAGCAUUGUGCCUUUUUUGCAUUUGGAGUUGCACUGAAGACUGGAGGCAAAGACUCCCCCAUCAACAGAAGCAUGGGCAAGCUUCAGCUGCAGCCUCCCUUUCUGUGUUCAUUUUGGGUGUUGGUGUGUACACGUGCAUAUACGUAUGUGUGCACACAGAAUUCUUGAUCGGAAACCUUGCUGUAUUGUGAAUGUACUCCAAGUACUAGUCUUGCAGCAACUAGAGCCACCAACCACAUGUAAUCCUCCUCCUAAUGAUCUUUACACUUUCUUCAAGUAAACAUGGAACUAUAAAUGACUGUUGAUACUGUAGGUUGAUUCUGUAGAAGUAAUUGAUGGUAGACAACUUUCUGGAGGCCAUGGGCCAAAGGGGCGCAUUACCUAAGCCUUUGUUGGAAGAGGUCGCUGAUUUGGUUUAUGUGAAAUCAUAACAGCUGUUUCAAGCGAAAUAAUAAAAAAUCCUGGCUGCUA